ACCCAUCUGUUAUAAAGUACGUCUGGUAGAGCAUUCGGCCUCGAUCCCCAUACAGUACUUUGCAUUUUCCACCGUACAGAAUUAUGGCAGCAAUCACACGCCGGGUCUGGUUUGUCCCAAAUGCCGGUGCACUCUCCAACCUCGUCAUAAAGGAGGAACAGCUACCACCCCCCGCCGCAGACGAAGUCCGGGUCAAGGUUCACUCCAUUGGACUAAACUUUGCAGAUGUCUUCUCAGUCCUUGGGUUAUAUGAAGCGGCGCCGAAAACCAAUCUUGUCCCGGGGCUUGAGUUUGCUGGUGUUGUGGAAACGCCUGGAGGGGGAUUCAAAGUAGGCGACCGCGUGCUUGGAACUGUGCGAUUCGGAGCGUAUGCAAGCCAUCUGAACGUGAACCCACUGUAUCUCCGGCAUAGCCCCAAUGGCUGGUCCUUUGAGGAAGCGGCUUCCUUCCUCAUCCAAUCCCUCACAGCAAUCUACGCCAUCCGUGAGCUCGCCGCCCUUAAACCUGGAUCUACAGUUCUUGUACAAAGCGCGGCCGGAGGUGUCGGCUUACAGGCGCUGAGGAUCUUGGAGGCGAUGCCCAAUGUAUCCGUAUUGGGUGUGGUCGGAAGCCCAAGUAAACUCAAAUUUCUGAAUGACACCUUCCCUCCGGCAAAAAACAAUGAGGAUCCAAACGCCAAAAGAAAGAAUUGGCGAUUCAUCUCUCGUGCUGAGACAGGAUCCGAGUUUGCAGCCCAAAUGUCGGAUUACAUCUCGUCUCACCCAACCCUUACCGGAUUUGAUCUCAUUCUCGACUCUGUAGCCGGCCCUUACUUCCAUCCAAUGUACGCUGCCAUGAAUCCUGCUGGUCGCCAUGUUAUUUUUGGCGCUGCAUCUUUGGCUCCUGCAACUCUGGAUCUUACCCCUCGCCUUUCUUUCCUCUCACCUGUCAACCUAUUCCGUGCCAUUAAGCUGGGUUACAAAUACUCUAUGCGUCCCCGCGUCGACCCGAUGAAACUCAUGGGAGACAACAAAGCUGUCAUGGGAUUCAAUCUGAUCUGGUUGUAUGAUAAAGCAGAGCUAUUAAGCGGACUGUACGGAGAGUUGGAAAGGUUGAACUUGAAACCCCCACACGUUGGACACCGAUUUGAUUUUGAGGAGAUGCCAGCGGCCCUUGCCCUCUUCCAAAGCGGUUCAACAGUAGGCAAAGUUGUCAUUAACGUUAAACACGACAAUUGAAUUUAGCCUAGUAUAGCACGUUGAUAGUCGACUAGUCGCCACGCUAGCCAGAGUUUCUUUCCUUCCCUUCUUCGAUCAUUUCUCCGUUUUUGCAGGAAACUUCGUCUAGCAACGCUCUUUAGUGAGCCUCAUUUAGUUACAUAAUAUACAUAUAUUUUAGCUAGGAAGCCAA